CUCCCUCUCCAUCCUCUUUAAAAUUUACGCAGAUUUAGAUUUCUGCACAGUCAAAAUACUCUACAAGCAGCGGGACACGAUGAAUGCCGCCGAGCUCUUAAACAACUCGCUUUCGCCUGUCGCGGCGACGCGUCAACAAGCCACUGAGCAGCUCGAAGCUGUCGCAAGGGAUAACUAUCCCGGCUAUUUGGUCACGCUAUCGUCCGAGCUUGCGAAUGAGGCGCAAUCCAUCACCAUCCGCAAUGCCGCAGGUAUCGCGCUCAAAAACGCGCUAACUGCACGUGAGGCAACCCGUCAACAAGAGUACCAGAACCGAUGGCUAGCACUCCCGCAAGAGCCCAAGAACAAGGUCAAGCAAGAGGCUCUGAUGACUCUCAGCUCGAGUUCGACGAAGGCUGGUGGAGUUGCUGCGCAGGUUGUAGCCGCGGUUGCCGCAGUAGAGCUAUCCAACAAUCAAUGGCCAGAAGUUAUCGAGAUCUUGCUUCGCUUCAUGGACAACACUGAAAAUACAAACUUGCGAAUUGCAACCCUCCAGACAAUAGGUUACAUUUGUGAGAGUAUCAAACCUGAAAUUUUAAGCAUGCGAUCAAAUGAGAUCUUAACUGCUGUAAUUCACGGAGCUCGCAAGGAAGAGCCGUCAACCGAGGUUCAGCUUUCAGCUAUUAAUGCUCUUUACAACUCAUUAGAAUUCGUCCGAGACAACUUUGAACGUGAGGGUGAGCGGAAUUACAUUAUGCAAGUCGUGUGUGAAGCAACACAAAAUCCGUCCGUACCCGUGCAAGUGGGCGCCUUCGAGUGUCUUGUUCGAAUCAUGAGCCUUUACUAUGACAAGAUGGCAUUUUACAUGGAGCGGGCGCUUUUCGGCUUGACGGUCCUGGGUAUGAAACAUCCGGAAGAUAACAUUGCUCUGCAAGCUGUAGAAUUUUGGUCAACUGUAUGCGAAGAGGAAAUUGAACUGGCGAUUGAAGCUGCAGAGGCCGCGGAGUACGGCGAACCGCCCGAGACUGAGUCAAAGAACUUCGCGAAGAUUGCUCUCCCUGAGAUUGUUCCCGUGCUUCUUGGCUUACUAACUCAUCAGGACGAAGAUGCUGAGGAAGAUGAAUGGAACGUAUCCAUGGCAGCAGCAACCUGCUUGUCUCUCCUUGCGCAGACUGUUGCAGAUGCAAUCGUGCCUGCUGUUAUACCCUUUAUUGAGUCGAACAUCAAGGCUCAAGAUUGGCACCAGCGUGAAGCGGCUGUGAUGACGUUUGGCUCUAUUCUUGAUGGUCCAGAUCCAACAGUGCUUGCACCUCUUGUCACCCAGGCCCUACCUAUCCUCGUCGAGAUGACGCGCGAUGAGAAUAUUCUUGUUAAGGACACUGUCGCUUGGACUCUUGGUCGAAUUUGUGAUUUACUCGUCGGUUCUUUGAAGCCUGACGUGCAUUUGCACCCGCUCAUCUCAGCACUUGUGGCCUCACUUGAAGAUAAACCACGCAUCGUGGCAAACUGCUGUUGGGCUUUGAUGAACCUUAGCGAUCAGCUUGGAGCGUUCGAUGAAGAAGAGGGUGCGCCAGCUGGUAACCCUCUAACACCAUAUUACGAAGGGAUUGUGACUGCUCUUCUCAGAGUCACAGAUAGCACUGGAAACGAGUCCAACUUCCGUACAUCAGCGUACGAAGCCUUGGCAUCAUACGUAACUCAUGCUACCCCCGAAUCGAUCACCGUUGUCCAGAACACCGCACUCACUGUUCUGUCGCGUAUGGAACAAUUGCUGGGCAUGCAGAACCAACUGCUAGGCAUUGACGAUCGCAACAACUGGAAUGAGUUACAGAGCAACCUCUGCAGUGUCUUGAUUAGCAUUGUCCGUAAACUGAACGAUGGAAUUGAGCCACUAGCAAACCAAAUUAUGACCGUGCUCCUCGGACUCAUCCAGUCUGUCAAGACAUCUACUGUGCUGGAAGAUGCCUUCCUCGUUGUGGGAACCAUGGCCUCAGCUCUCGAAGUGAAGUUCUCGCCCUACAUCCAGGCCUUCCUGCCAUUCCUGUACCCAGCGUUGAAGGCCCAUGAGGAUACGCAACUGUGCACAGUUGCUAUUGGUGUCAUUGGGGACAUCGCACGUGCGCUCGGCGAACAGAGUGCACAAUAUGCCGGACCGUUCUUGCAGGUGCUGUUUGAGAACUUGUCCAGUGAGACGUUGAAUCGCAAUGUCAAAAUCCCGAUUCUGUCAUGUUUUGGCGAUAUUGCGAUGGCAAUCGGGCCGGGCUUCGAGCCUUACCUUGAUCAUACCAUGGGUGUUCUACGUCAAGCCAGCUCAAUCGUACCAAAUCCUAUGGACUAUGAGCUCCUGGACUAUGUUACUUCCCUUCGAGAGGGAAUACUCGAGGCUUACACGGGAAUCGUUGUGGGUUUCAAAAAUACGGAAAAAGUACAAAUGCUACUACCAUACGCGCAGAGCAUGUUGGAGCUUGUACAGCGCUGCCUUGCGGACGAGGAGCGUCCGGAAUCCCUUGUGAAACUCGCAUAUGGCUUGGUUGGUGAUUUGGCCGAUGCAUUCCCUAAUGGUCAAAUUAAACAACUACUCUUGUCGGAGUGGUUAGCACAAUCAUUGCGGCAGAAGGCAAGAUUGUCGGGAGAUGCAAAGAAAACUGCGCGCUGGGCUCGCGAGAUGGUCAAACGUGCUACGGCAUAGAUGUGGACACCGGUUUUAAUUCUUCUAUUUCCCCCGUUUAUAAUUGUCUUCUGCAGUACAUUUCUUCCUUUCUCUCCUCUCCUAUUCCGUUUCAUCAUUAUGGCAAAGUUUACGGUAUAUUCUGCACUCAUCAUCACUUGCUCUCUAACGGAGGGCUCAUCACGGCCGCAAAUCAUCGCAAUAUUUCAAUCCGCAUGUAGUAGAAUGUUUGGUGUUGACUUGACUUAUAGUCGUCGCACAUCUGAUUUCUUUUUUCCCCUCCUUUUUGAGUUUCAUUCAUAGUGUCACGGCCUUAUUACAUUCUUGAUGCAUCCCACUGUAGCCUUCCCCCAUUUUAUUGUUCCCGAGUCCAAUUCCUGUUGCUACACGCUGUUAACGUUACAUACUUUUGGGCGAAAUUUCUCUUGUUUUUACGCUUUGUCCUGCACAUGAAUUAACUCCCUUUCCCACGCUCGC